CUGAAUUUCAACAGAUCUUAUUCCGAAUAUGUGAAAGGUUUUGGAAACUGUCGUGUUGACUAUUGGCUGGGGUUGGAAAAAAUCUACGCCAUUUUAGAAAAUGAGCCAAAUUCAAGAUUGGAUGUAGGGUGGUUUGAUGCGAACGGUAAUUUUCAAAAUUCAGCAUACAAAGAUUUCAAACUAGGAAAUGCCACCACGGACUAUGUUUUCUAUUCUUCGAGAUUUUGGUAUGGAGAUACCGAUGACGCUCUACUAUCUCCACCAAGUAUUGGUGAUCGACCUUUCUCGACGUAUGAUAAUGACCAUACAGGUGGCCACAACUGUCCAAUAAACUUCGGUGGCGGAUGGUGGUAUGCUGAAGAUGCAAGAUGUACCAAUGCCAACUUGAAUGGGAUAUUUGAUGCUUCUCCUAAUGGUAUAACAUGGCUUAACAAUUCUAAUUGGAGCCCGUUAUCUGAUUUCUUUAUGCGAAUCGGGCCACCUUAA